AUGGUGAGCGAGGACCAGCAGUGUGCUGGGUGGCUGGAAGUUUUCUACAACGGGACCUGGGGGAGUGUCUGCCGCAGCCCCAUGGACGAUGUCACCGUGUCCAUCAUCUGCAGUCAGCUUGGCUGUGGGGACAGCGGAAGUCUCAACACCUCUGAAGAAGAGCCAAGAGCUGUCCAGCUGCUGCCCCCUGCACAGGUACAUCAGCCCCGCCCCCUCCCCUGUGGCUCCCAGGGGCUCCUUCCUCCCACCAGGGCAGUCACAGGAGGGGCUGCUGCCUUUUCAGACAGAGAGAAGCUCCGACUCAGGGGAGGAGACAGCGAGUGCUCAGGGCGGGUGGAGGUCUGGCACAGCGGCUCCUGGGGAACCGUGUGUGAUGACUCCUGGAGCCUGGCAGAGGCCGAGGUGGUGUGUCAGCAGCUGGGCUGUGGCCAGGCCCUGGAAGCCGUGCGGGCCGCGACAUUUGGCCCUGGAAAUGGGAGCAUCUGGCUGGAUGGGGUGCAGUGCAGGGGCCGGGAAUCCUCCCUGUGGGACUGUGCUGCAGAGCCCUGGGGGCAGAACGAUUGCAAACACGAGGAGGAUGCUGGUGUGAGGUGCUCUGGUGUAAGGACAACAUUGCCCACGACAACAGCAGGGACCAGAACAACCUCAAAUUCUCUCCCUGGCAUCUUCUCCCUGCCUGGGGUCCUCUGCCUCAUCCUGGGAGCCCUUCUCUUCAUGGUCCUUGUCAUCCUGGUGACUCAGCUGCUCAGAUGGAGAGCAGAGCGCAGAGCCUUAUCUAGCUAUGAACAUGCUCUUGCUGAAGCUGUGUAUGAGGAGCUCGAUUACCUUCUGACACAGAAGGAAGGUCUGGGCAGCCCAGAUCAGAGGACUGAUGUCCCUACUGAAAAUUAUGAUGAUGUUGAAGAAGUACCAGUGCCUGGAACUCCUCCUGCCUCUCAGGGGAGUGAGGAGGAAGUGCUCCCAGAGAAGGACGAUGGGGUGAGGUCCUCUCAGACAGGCUCUUGUCUGAACUUCUCCAGAGAGGCUGCUGAUCCUGGGGAAGGAGAAGAGAGCCUCUGGCUGCUCCAGGGGAAGAAAGGGGACGCUGGGUACGAUGAUGUUGAACUCAGUGCCCUGGGAACAUCCCCAGUGACUUUCUCGUGAUGCUGUAUUAAAUAUGAGAUGAAGCCUCAGAUAUUCUAAUUGCC